GGAAAAAAGAGAGUGAAGCAUGCAGCCACCACCCAUCCAUCAGUCAAGAAGAGAAGGGGAGAAAACUCCUCGGCUGGAGAAUCAAUGGGAGAGCUCUGUGUCAAGAUGACCCUUAAGCUGAAGGAGAUGGGCGAGGUCGGGCCGGAUGCCUUGGAGCAGCUCACUGGGGACUCGACCUCCCGGUUGACCCAGCUGGAGGAGCGGUUGAAGAGGGCUGAAGCUCACAACCGGGAGCUUCAAGACCUGACGGCCCGGCAGCUGUAUGAGCUGGCCAAUCUUUCGGCGGCUGCCGGGAAGGCGAAGGCAGAAAUCCUCCAGCUGAAGGAGGAGAACUUGAAGUUGAUGGAUGACUUGGAGUCGAAGGAGCGAGAGUUCCCCGGUAGAGCCAAGCAAUGGAUGGAGGACAAUCUGGUAGAAGCUGCCCGGGUUCUUACCUCUUCUGAGGAGAGGACAAUGGAGGGCUUCAAGCUGCUGUACCGGGAGGAGAAGGGAAAGAGAUGAUUACCCAGAUUGGCUCUUACGG